CGGGGAGGGCCGGAGGAAAAGGGAAGACGGUUGUGGGGCUCGUGGUAGUACCCCUGUCUGGGCCGCCUGCGGGGCACGGGGACUCCGGGGGAGGGAGACCGCAACAGCAUGGCGGCCGGGUAUGAGCCGCCCCACCCGCCUCUGCCCCUCUGUCGCCGCCGCCGCCGCCGGAGCCGCCGGGACCCUCUGGUCUGCGUGUGUCAGUUGUAAGGCCGCCGCCGCCCGCCAGCCCUCAGUCCGCCGGCCCUCCUUCCUCUACCGCCGCUGCCGGCCCGACGGUCGGGCUGGCGAAUCACUCUACUCCCACCCCACCCACCAGUCCGUCGGCCGGGAUCAUGGAGGACGUGAAGCUGGAGUUUCCCUCGCUCCCGCAGGGCAAAGAAGACGCCGAGGAGUGGACCUACCCUAUGAGACGAGAGAUGCAGGAAAUUUUACCUGGAUUAUUUUUAGGCCCAUAUUCUUCUGCUAUGAAAAGCAAGCUACCUAUACUACAGAAACAUGGAGUGACCCAUAUCAUAUGCAUAAGACAAAAUAUUGAAGCAAACUUUAUUAAACCAAACUUUCAACAAUUAUUUAGAUAUUUAGUCUUGGAUAUUGCAGAUAAUCCAGUUGAAAAUAUAAUACGUUUUUUUCCCAUGACUAAAGAAUUUAUUGAUGGGAGCUUACAAACUGGAGGGAAAGUUCUUGUCCAUGGAAAUGCAGGGAUCUCCAGGAGUGCUGCCUUUGUUAUUGCAUACAUUAUGGAAACAUUUGGAAUGAAGUACAGAGAUGCAUUUGCUUAUGUUCAAGAAAGAAGGUUUUGUAUUAAUCCUAAUGCUGGAUUUGUUCAUCAACUUCAGGAAUAUGAAGCCAUCUACCUAGCAAAAUUAACAAUACAGAUGAUGUCACCACUCCAGAUAGAAAGGUCAUUAUCUGUUCAUUCUGGUACCGCAGGCAGUUUGAAGAGAACACAUGAAGAAGAUGAUGAUUUUGGAAGCAUGCAAGUGGCUACUGCACAGAAUGGCUGACUCAAGAGCACCAUAGAGGAUGUGAAUUUCUAUUUGGGAAGGAGGAAACACUAGAGACAAUACUAAUGUAAAGUGGUAAAAACACAAGUAGUUUCUUUUCAAUUAUAUGUUGCUUCCAGAUGUGUUUCUCUACAACUUAUUAAGCAACAUUGUAAGAUUUCUGCAAUAGAUGGCACUGAUGGUUUUACUCCUUUUCUUUUUAUUAACACUUUACAGUUUUAUUAUAAACUAAAAUUUUGGACUUGCAAAGAGGUAUUAUUGCAAUAAUGCACUUUUCAUACUUGAAAUUUAUUUGUAUGAUAUAAAGUUACUACUUUAAACAUAAUGCAAAGUUAGGGGAAUUUGUUUAUAAAAUUUGGGUAAUUUGUAACAAAAGAAUUUCCUAAAGUUUGCUAAAAAUUCAUUUUGUGUUCUAUAUAUUACAUUUAAAAAAUAAUUUUACAGUUCAAUUUUAUGAUGGAGCCUCUUACAGAAACAUUAACAAAUGCAGGAACCUGUCACCUUUCUUUUUUAUUAUAAUUAAAUAGCUUAAUUACCUUUUUAUUUUUUAAAACAUCUUGAUCCCUUAUCACUAAUCUUGAAAUCAUGACAAUAAGCCAACUAUUCUUACUUUAAGAUGAUCCAAGUAUUGCUUCCUUUCCUAUUACCUUUCUAAUUUAUUUAGUCUAUAGAAGAAAAAUAUUUAAUGAACAAAAGAUGCAUUGCUUUAUACCAGAUGCUCAAAAACAAGGAGAGUUUUAGAUUUUCAAGUGACUUUCUUUUCACAUUUCUUAGAAGCCAAAUGUUGUGUUUGUUCUUUUUAGAGUUGCUUAGCCCAAUUUUCUUUGUCCAAAAUGGUUCUAAAUAGACUAUAAUAAACCAAUGUAGCACCAUUUUUUUUCCUAAAUGAAUCCCAAAAAAGAAAAGUGCCUUGCAUCAUUAAAAAAUAAAUAAAUCCUCAUGACCUCUAAAUGAGUAUGUAUAACAUUGAAAAAUUUUUAACAUUUUUCUUUAACUUUUUAAACCCAUAAAUUAGUUUAAACUGAAAGUCUGAGGCUUGAAGAAACUUCAGUAAAUAAUUUGGAAAUAUUUACUCCUUUAUUUUAUAUUAUCCUAAUAAUUCUUUGAGGUUGUUCUGGCUCAGACAGAAGCUUUUCUUUGAAGUUGCAUUUAUUGAGGAAAAUGAUUUGUGGGAGACUUUAGUGUAUUUUAAAUUCGUGUAUGAAUCAGUUCUUUAUAUUGAGUUAAUCCAAAUUUGCCCUAUAAUUUGCAUUAGCAAAGUCACUUUAUGGAUCCAAUUUCUCCAUUUUUAUUUAUAAAUAUAUAUAUAUAUAUGUAUAUAUAUAUGUAUGUAUAUAUAUAUAUAUGUAUAUAUAUAUAUAUAUAUAUAAAUUGUUUUAACAAAAACACUUUUGAUAUUUUAAGUACAAUGUGAGGGAGGAGUGUUUUAACUUUUUAUAGUUGAUGAUUUAGGUUAGCACAAGCAAAACUCCUUUCUCACUUUUCUCAGUCCUCACUUGAGGUGCUUUACUGAUGGGAAUGAUUUCCAUACAUUCCCUUGGUACCAAGAGGUACUAUGCAAAGUGACAUUACACCAAGUUACUUGCUAGGCUUUCUUCCCUAAAAUGUAAUAAUACAGUAAAAGUGUGUUUUAUCAAGCAUAGCAAGAGUAAAUUAAUUAAAAUUGCUUUGUUAAUAAGAGUCAAUUCCUGUUGACCCAGGUGGUAUUCCUCUUCUGAUUUCCCUUCCCUUUCUCUAUUUUAUGACCCUGAAAACAACAUGUUAAUUCCAUGUGGUCUGUAUUUUGUUGUGUGAUUAUGUCAUUUGGUGUGGUUGGCUAGUUGAGUCAGAAUUUGCACUGAGUGUUCAGAAAUUCCAGUUGGUAAAGUGCCAGAUAACACAGCUUCCCUGUAAAUAGAUCACUAUUGGAUAAGUCAGCAAAGAUCUCUCUUGUAAUCUAAUAAUAUAUGAUGCUUCAUUCAGCAGAAAGUCUGCUCAAAAGGAUCUUCAUAGUAGUACAUUUAGGCUUUAAAAAUGAGGUAAAGAUUUUUAAAAUUAGUUUCUUAGGUAUACAUAUCCUCUCUAGUAAGUUGGGCCAAAAAAAUACAGAUUUAGUUAUUUUUGCUGAUCAUUUUCCAUUUUUUCUAACCACUAUAAUUUUUAUGUUCUCACUAAAGUGCCUGCCCAGCACUGUACAUUAAAGACUCUCUAUCACAACACUAGGAAAAGGGACUGUCAUGAGUACAAUAUUAAUGUGGACAAAAUGAUGUUAUUCUUUCCUUCAUGUAAGAACAUUGCAAGUUCAUUUUAUCUGGGAUCCGUUCUUCCACCUAAUGUUUAACUAGUUCUGGUAGCUCUUCCAGUCUUUCUUCUAUUUAGUUCCAUUUCUAUGCUUUAUUUCUACUGAUGUUUUGUGAUAGUUAACUCUGAUACAUUUAACCAAUCAUGACUUAUUUUCUAGAAUAUUUGAAUAAUGUAUAAGUGGCAUAGUUCCCAAUUUUAAACAUUAAAUAUGUCAUCUGGGCAUAGAAUUUAAAGUGAAUUUGCCUCAAAACAUAGGACAACUGUUUUAUUGUCCAUUUUGAAAGUGAGAAACUUAAAUAUUGAAAAUAUUCAAACUGGAAGGCAGUAUUCUAACCUAAUAUCAGUUAAUUGGUUUAUAUUAUUUUAUCUAUUAGAUAUUUUAAACAGCAGUUACUUUUAUUUGUAUCUACUCUAUGUUGGAAAUGUUAAAUCGUGAUAGCUUUUGCUACAAACUCUCAACCACUUAAUUUUUGGAGUAGAAUAUGUAUUUCAGGGGGAUUUUAUUUCAGCUGAAUUUAGAAGUAAUGUCAAAAUGUUAAGCAUGUCCUUUUUAAGAAAAUAUACGGUUUCUAAUUGUCUUAUUACCCUGGUAAUUCAAGUGAAUUAGAAGUAUUCAACUGCAAUCUUGAAUUAUAAAGUUGGGAUGCAUAUAUAUGCAUAUAUAUCAGAGUCUCAACUGAUGUAAAGUAAAUGAGCAGUUACCUGGUGAAUUCUUUUUUUUUUCUUUCCCCAAUAACUGGCUUAACCUACACUUCCACAACAAACUUAGCUUCACUUCACUUCAGUAUUUACUUUAUUGUUGUUCAUUGAACAGUGCUCCAAAAAGGAAUCAUUAGGAAAUAGCUGAGAAUUAUUAAAAGAUUUUAUUUUAUGUUUUGGUCAGAAAAAUGUUUCUAAGGUCUUUGAAUGCUGGAUUUCUUUGUCUUACCCAUCCAUGGCAGCUAAAAAAAAAAAAAAAAAAUCACUCAAAAUAUUCAGGUUUACAUGUUAGCUCUCUUUAUAGGGAGUUGCCAUACCUCACAAUUCAAAGUGUAUUCUAUAGAUCAGUACAUUAUACUGACAUGUAAUUGCAAUUUACUAUGCAGCAAAAAUUCAAGAAAAAUAACCUAGUGUCUACUUACCUUUGUAUAGGCAAUUGCUUAAGUUACUCUGCUUUUAACAUUUGUACUUAGACAAAAUGCUUAUGUAUGUAUAGGAAUGUCACAGUGCGAAAUGCUGCUAGCCCAGACACAAAGUAUUAAAAUUAUUUUGUGAA